AUGACUGACACGAAAGAAGUCCACGCCGACGUGAAGCGCGCGCUGGACGCCGAGAAGAGCGAGGGCGUCGCGGCCGGCGAGAUCCGCGAUAUCGGAGCGGAGCUGUAUGCGGAGAUCGAUCAGCUAUCGCCCGAGGAGUUGGAAAGGGAAGGUCGUGAAGUGCGCAAGUUGUUGGAUUGGCGGAUUUUGCCUAUACUGUAUUUGACUUAUGUUAUGCAAUAUCUGGACAAGUUAUCCCUCAACUACGCCUCCGCCUACUCGCUCAUCCCCGAUCUCGGCUUAGAAGGCCAGCGCUACUCGUGGGUGGCGGCCAUCUUCAACUUCGGCUACCUGUUCUGGGCCAUUCCGUCGAAUCUGCUGAUCCAGCGUCUGCCACUGGCCAAAUACAUGGGAACCGUGCUGCUGAUCUGGGCUGGUCUGGUGAUUGCGCAUAUUGGGGCAAAGAACUAUGCUGGCAUUCUGGUGCUGCGGUUUCUCCUGGGUAUGGCUGAGGCGUGUGUCAGCCCGUGCAUGAUGAACUUUACUUCCAUGUUCUACAAACGCUCGGAACAACCCCUCCGCAUGAGCCUGUGGCUCUCCGGAAACGGCAUGGCCACAAUGGUGGGCGCUCUACUUGGCUUCGGCCUCGGGCACACGAACAACGUCAGCCUCCACAGCUGGCAGCUCAUCUUCCUAACCAUCGGACUACUCAACCUCGUCACAGGAGUCCUCUUCCUGUGGAUCAUGCCCGACUCACCCAGCAGCGCCAAAUUCCUCACCCAUCGCCAACGCGUCAUCGCGGUCCACCGCGUCUCCGAGAACAUGAUCGGCGUCAAAACCAAAGAGUACAAGCCGCGACAAGCUCUCGAAAUCCUCUACGACGUCAAAGUUCUCUGCUGUCUGGGCCUGGGCAUCGGCUGCGGCGUCAUCAACGGGGGCGUAUCUAAUUUCGCAUCGUCGCUGAUCAAGGGGUACGGCUUCGACGGGCUCUACGCAACACUACUGCAGCUCCCAACGGGAGCCAUCGAAGCAGUCAUCGUGCCAAUUUGCGGGUUGAUCUCCACGACCAUUAAAGACUCACGGUGCAUCGUCCUCGCCGUCGUCUGCCUCAUCCCGUUCUCAGGCCUCCUCGGAAUCCGCUUCACGGACCUCUCUCAUCGCUGGACCCUCGUCGGCUGCACCUGGCUGCAAUACAUCGUCGGCGCACCAGUCAUCAUCUCCUGGAAUUUACUAGCGACAAACGUAGGCGGCCACACAAAGCGCUCCCUCGCCAACGGCUGCUGGUUCUCGCUGUACGCAGCGGGCAACGUCGCAGGGGCAAAUAUCUUCUUCGCUCGCGAGGCGCCACGGUAUUACUCUGCGCUGGCGGGUCUACUCAUCUGCUACGCGGGGAUGAUUGUACUGGUGAUGGUGGCGUAUUUCGCGAUGAAGGUGGAUAAUGCGAGACGGGAUAAAAAUGCGCCGGAAGGGGUGACGAGCGCGCAGAGGGAGGAGGCGGGUGUUUUGGAUGGGUUUAGGGAUUUGACGGAUAUGGAGUCGAGGAAUUUUAGAUAUGCGCUUUGA